AUGGAUGAUACGAUGGAACAGAUGGUGGAGGACUACUUCGAGAUGGAAAGCUUUGGUGUGAAGCUCGCGCCACAGGUCGCAGUCAGCGAUGACGCGAGGGCACAAAGGAUCCUCGAAGACACCACGUUGAAAGUGGUGCGUCACUACCAGACGGGAUUACUCUGGAAGGACGACUACGCUGUGCUGCCACGGAGCUACGAGAUGGCGCACAGACGGCUGAUCAAUGUCGAGAAGAAGUUGAAGCGCAACGGACAGUUGGUGUUGAAACACGAUCGUAUCAUCAAGGAAUACGUAUCCAAUGGAUAUGCGAGGAAGCUGCAGCAGGAUGAGGUGGCGGUGACGAGCGACCGGCUAUGGUAUUUGCCACAUUUUGUCGAAAACCCGAACAAGCCCGGUAAGGUCCGGCUUGUGUUCGAUGCUGCAGCCAAGGUUGGAGGAACCUCGCUAAAUUCGGCGCUGGACAAGGGGCCUCAGCAUUACAAGCCCUUGCCAGCCGUGCUCUUCCACUUUAGGGAAGGAGCAGUCGGAUUCUGCGGUGACAUCAAGGAUCCACCAAGUGCUGAUCCGACCCGAGGAUCGGUGUUCCCAACGAUUCCUUUGGAGAGAUGGCAACGACGAUCGAGACCCGGAUGUGUACGAGAUGAACGUAAUGACGGAGCAGCCUGCUCGCCGAGUGCUACGCAUUACGUAAAGACGGUGAAUGCCCUGAAGUUUCGGGAUUCAGAUCCGAGGGAAGUCAAAGCCAUCAUCGACCACCACUACGUCGAUGACUAUGUGGACAGUUUCGCUACAGAGAGCGAAGCUAUCAGUGUAUCUACCCGAGUGAAGGAGAUACACGCGGAGGCUGGAUUCGAACUAUGCCAGUUUUCAUCCAGCUCACCCAUCGUCGAAGCUGAUGUUAAGAGAGAUCUAGGGCAGAAGAUCCAGUGGGACGAACCACUACCAGAGGAGAUAGGCAAAGCCUCUUCCGCCUGGUGUGGGGAGAUGAACGCUGUGGGUCAGUUCCGAUCCCCUUGUCACUAUUUUGGCCAUGGAGCAGUUCGGACCAUCGAGUUGCACGUGUUCGAUGCAAGUCAAUCUGCAUUCGCGGCGGUGGCCUAUUGGAGGGUCAUGUGCGAAGAUGACAACGUGCUGGUUAGCUUCGUGUGCGCAAAAACGAAGUGCGCGCCGAUGAGAACGAUAUCGAUCCCAAGGUUGGAGCUUCAGGCAGCGGUUCUUGGAACCAGACUGAUGAACACAGUCAAGGAGGAACAUAGUGUGGACAUCAGCGAGACGGUGUUGUGGAUGGACUCAAAGUCAGCGGAUGAUGCGACGCGGUCGCAGAAUAAGGCGAACCGUAGCCCGGAAUCACGUUGGCUAAGCGGACCCGCAUUUUUGAGGCAGACAGAGAGCGGCUGGCCGGCGCCUGAGGAGGAAUUGGUGAGGAUCACAGCCUGGGUCUUGAGGUUUGCGCGUUGGUGUCGCAAGCAGAGAAGCGAGCUCGAGGAGUAUGGACUCACUGCAAGGGAGUGUGAGGCUGCGGAGAACCUGUUAGUCAGACAGGCCCAAUUGGAAUCCUUUCCCGACGAGAUGAGGUCGGCGGAAUGCGGAAAAAACGUCGUCAGCACGAGGGAGAUUCGAGGUCUGGCGCCUUACAUGGAUGAACACGGAGUUCUGCGAGUUUAUGGCAUGCCGCACUGUGCAUGCCCUACAGUGCACAUGAAGCAUCAUGCGACGAUUGCCCUGAUAAGGACGAGAUUCUGGUUCACGAAGAUGAGACGAGUGUUGAAGGAAGUAAUCUCGUCGUGCAACGAGUGCAAGUUGCAACGAACGCGGCCGAUGCCGCCGAUAAUGGGACCCCUUCCAGAGGAUCGACUGGAAGCGGGGGGAUGGCCAUUCAAGUACACCGGAUUGGAUUACUUUGGGCCACUGCUGGUGACUGUUUUCCGUCAUAGAGAGAAGCGUUGGGUCGCCUUGUUUACGUGCUUGACGACAAGGGCGAUUCAUCUGGAGCUGGCGCACAUCCUGUCGAGACGUGUUUGA